UAGAGAGAGAGAGAGAGAGAGAGGGAGAGGGGAGAGCUUGGAGGAUUGCUCGUCUGAUAUCACUGUCCAUAAUACCCAGAAAGUUACAAGAGAAAACAUGUUUUCCUACGACCAUGGGAACCGUGGGACAGCAUUCGAGAGGACAUAUCGAUGUUACCCUGCUGCUUUUAUCGACAAGGUCUGCAUUCUUUCGUACCCUCAACUUGAAAGUGGUGAUAAAAUUAUAAUGCCUCCAUCAGCCCUUGGUCGUCUAGCAUCUCUACAUAUUAAUUAUCCAAUGUUGUUUGAACUCCGGAAUGAUGCUGCUGAUAGGGUUUCUCAUUGUGGGGUGCUGGAGUUCAUUUCAGAGGAAGGCGUGAUAUAUAUGCCUUACUGGAUGAUGCAGAACCUGCUUUUACAAGAGGGAGACAUGGUAAAAGUGAAAAAUGCAGCACUUCCCAAGGGAACAUAUGUUAAAUUACAGCCUCACACCCAGGACUUCUUUGAUAUUGCUAAUCCAAAAGCCAUGUUAGAGACCACUCUGAGAAAUUUUACCUGCUUAACCACUGGAGAUAGCUUCAUGGUGGCAUACAACAACCAAAAGUAUUACAUAGAUGUUAUAGAAACCAAGCCUGCUAAUGCAAUAACCAUCACUGACACUGACUGUGAGGUGGACUUGGCUCCUUCAUUGGAUUACAUAAAAUCUGCACUGAAGAAAGCCAAGGAGGCCCAAGCUGAAAAAGGACCUAAAUUCAACCCUUUUUCUGGUAGUGGAAAACGUUUGGAUGGAAAACCAUUGAAGUAUCAAUCUCCCUCAAAUGGAAAUUCACUGUCUUCGGCAGCACCUGGUUCUCACAGAAAUAGUCGUCAGUCUAAAGGAAAUAUUGUUUUUGGAUCUGAUGUGUACCGUACAACAGAAAUAGGAGAGCAGGGAAGGAAUCAAAUCGACGACCUCCUCAACAAGAAGAGCCAAAAUUUCGGGCUUUUAUGGGGAAGAAGUACUCUCUAAGGGGCUGAUUAAAUAUUAAAUCAAGUGCUUCGAACUUCUACUCUACUUUACUAAACUUGUCUGCAUAUAAUGAGAAGAUGACACGGUACGAUGCAAUAAGAAGCCUACGGCCUAUGUAACUGCCUUACAGUAAUAAGAGAUCACGCCCAUCUAAUCGUCCAAGUAUUUAUAGGUUGAGUACCAACCUUCAUAUUAUGUAAACAUCACUUGAGGAUUAAAUUCGAGCUCUU